AUGGCAGAAGACGUCUCUAACGCUCUGCAGGCGUUUCCAACGGCGCUCGAGACUAUGUCUCAAAGUAUCGACAGGAUAAUGCAGGUUGCAGGCGCCCCGGGCGCCUCGCAAAUUCUGCUGCACACAGUCCGCCAGGCAAACGAACACUUGCAAGGCAUGCGACUUAGUCUGGAGAAGUACAAAGAUCUCACAGCGCAGCUCGAAGUAAGCGAGAACGCUCGUGAUGGCGAGAUGAAUCGCUGCCGAGAGCUCACCGAAGAGCUGGAGAAGAAAAACCAGGAUCUGGCCAAUUUGGAAGUAGAAUUGGCACGUACCCAAGAGAACAACAAAAAUCUCACGAGAGAGAUUGACCUUGAAAGGCAACAACUCUCCGGUAAAGAAAGCGAAUUGGCAGGCAUAAAGCAGAGCCACGAAGACUUGACCAAGGACUUAGAAGUCGCCAGGCAAGAUCUCACAUCUAGGACCACUGACCUGGCAGAUAUACAAGCAAGGAACACAGUGAUGGCCAGGGACUUGGAACAAAUGAAGCAAGAUCUCUCUGUGAAGGAGAAAAAAAUAUCGCAGGCAGAGUCCAAGAUGGCCGGAAUGAUCGAAGCUCAUAAACAGACACGUGAAGACCUUUCCGCAAAGGAAGGAAGACUGAGGCAGGAAGAGGCCAAGUCCAUGAACAUCACGAAAGAGCUGGAGCGUACAAAAGCUGAUCUCUCCACGAGGACCACGGACCUGACACACUCACAAGCAAAAAUCGCACAGUUGACGAAAGACUCUGAUCGGAUAAAAGAAGAGCUCUCCACGACGAGUGUCAAACUGGAGCAAGCACAAGCCGCCAGUCGGAAGACGGCUGAAGAGCUUGAGAAGAGUAAAACAUCUCUUCUGUGCAAAAGCAAGGAACUGGACUCCUCAAGAGAGCAGUUGGCUGAAGCCACCCGAUCGCGAGACCGGGCAGCUGUUGAGUUAGCCGAGGAGAAGCAGAAAGCCGGCGAGACGGCGAUUGAACUCCGAGGGAUAAAACAGCAGCUGGCUGACACACAAAGCGGCUUGGGCAAUGUUCAGAACAACCUCGACAGCACGAGGAAUGAACUAGAGAAUACCCAACGGAGGGCCUCUGUACUCCAAGAAAGUGUUACUGAUCUUGAACAAAAGUAUGCUGAUGUGACUAUUUCUAUGAAAGAGCAAAUGUCUACAUCUAACAAGCUGCGUGAAGAACUGGAUAAGUCCCGCGAGGAUCUUGUCAGCAAACAGACAGCACUUGACCAAGCGUCUGCAGAGUUGAACGGUAUGGAAACCCGUGUCAGCGAGCUUCGUGCUGAGCUAGAUUCUAAAGUCGGACUGGCCAAAGACUUGGAAGCCGUUAGAAAACAGCUCCGGGAGGCGAACAUGGAACUGGCAAACGCGCAGGAUGCUUAUACAGUCAACUCUGUCGCAUCGAGAAGACGUUUCGAGUCUGAAAUACAGGCCCAUAGAGAACGUUUCGAGUCUGAAAUACAGGCGCAGAGAGAACUUCAAGGUAGACAGUCCCGAACUCUAGAGGAAGAGCGAGACCGUGCACAAGACGCGCUGGCAAAAUCGAGAGAAUCUCUCCGCCUACAGCAAGCCAAUUCAGAAGGUCUUGCCAGAAGGAUAGCAAUCCUCGAAGAAAAAGCCACUCGUCAAGAGAAGAGAAUGGUAGAGCUGCGCCGAGAAGUGUCGGUGGAAGUCUCCUACAAGGAGGACAUGGAGGAACGACUCCUGGAGCAGCAUCGCACCCACCAAGAGGAAAUUAGUCAGCAAGCCGGUAAUGCUCUCCAGGAAUAUGAGAAGCUGAGGUCCGAUAAAGAAGCUGAGAGGCGUAAACUCAAGAAGAAGGCCAAAACCCGGCAACGGGAGCAGGACUUGCUGAUUGCGCAACUGAGACAGGAGAAACUGGACCUCGAAUCAAGGCUUAAGAGUGCCCAAGAAUCCCGUUCUCCUACAGCGUCAAACACAAGGCACCCUCUUCGGACCCCUAAUGAGAAUACCAGCCAGAGAUCAAGUCAACCUCCAGUACCAAUACAUGGACUGGAAGGUAGCACACUUGUACCUCUCCGGUCCCAGGGAAGUCAGAUAGUACCGGUGCCUGUGUCAGGAAUGGUCCCGGAGAGUGACGAAGAUCCAGGCAUGAGUACCCGGCCGAACAGAUCUAGAUGGUUUGGUGCUGAUAGCUCAUCGCAAUCUCGAGAAUUUUCGUCCUUUGCACCUCCGACAUCAUCGAAUCGAGAUGUUCCGGAGAGUAUCAGAACGGCUCAGAAACGCAGAGAACCAUCAACUGAGCUUGGUGACGGCGGACCAAUGCCAUCAUACAAAAGACUCCAGCAUACUCAUGCCGAAGGUCAAUAUGUACCCGAGUCUCCGGCUGAAGCGAGUCGCAGGCUCGGGAAUAUGUCGCAAUUGUCCUCUUACUAUGAAGAAGGGCGAGAGGAGACAGAGGCAGAGCAAUCAAGACAACAGCAGCCUCCAUCGAUCGAGCAUCAAGCUCCUUCGACCGAGGAGCAGCAGCCUCCUUCGACCGAGCAGCAGCAAGCUCCUUCGAUUGAGCAGCAGUCACAGACGCCGGAAGAAAAGGCCGAAUCGCUGCUGAAUAUGUUCUUUUUGGCAUGGGAAUAUACAGAGAAAGAGAGGUCGGAUAUAUUGUCCUACUUCUCGUCCCUCUUUCGCCGCGGUGCCUCCCUUGAGUCAAAGGUAAAGGUCGUCGACAGGUACUGUAAUGGCACUAUCGACCACGCCGCGCCACGCCCAAACUAUUGCCUUAUGUCGAAACUACUAGGACGAGGCGUCCACGGGCAACCGUCGGCCAUGACACAGAACAGUUGUAGCUAUUGCAAGGAGCAUAGAAGGAUAUGCCUCUGGGCCUACUUCGCGCCCGGAGUUGGCACAGGCUUCGGCCAAAGAGUUUUCGGCAGCCUCCCCUUUGGAAAUGGUGGAAGGGAGUAUGACCCAAAUGCUCAGCCCAGAGAAGUGGCAUUAGGCAACCACAGUGCCAGAUGGGUGCUCAAAAAACGCAGACUGGGGCUCAAUGAGCCACAAGAGGUCCCGUUUGAGGUGGCAGGUGUUAGUUUGUGA